AUGAAUGUUCGAGAACUACAGAAGACACUAGAAUCACAACAUGAACAGCUUAAACUUUACGAGAAAAAACUGAAAGAUGUUGUACGGGCAUACAAAAGCUUAGAAGCUGAAAAAACUGCCUUGCAAAAGGCUCUAAACGCGCUUUCACCUCAGGACAAAGAUGAACAAAGUUCUUCCUCAACCUCUGAUGAGGGUACGGUUGAAAACUUGAAAAGCGCAAUUGCUACCCUUACACGAGAAAAUUCAAGGAAAGAAGCUGCUUUUCAGAAUGAUAAAAGGAUACUACUUAAUGAAAAUGCAUCUCUAAAAGAGCAGCUGAAAAAGAGCGCUGAAAAUAAUUCGAACGCUGAAAGAACUAUCAAGAGUUUACAAAUGAAGCUAAAGCAAAUAGAGUUAGACCGUGAACGUGAACUGGUUGAACACGGUAAAGUACUGGCUGAAAUGCAGUCAAGAUUUGCCAAGGAACACCAGUCAUUCGAAGCUGGAGCUAAGGAGAGUGCUGUUCUCUCCAAGAGAAUUACCCAGAAGGACGAAGCUCUCAACCAGCUCAAAACACGUGAAGCAGAACUUCUUCGGCAGGUCUCUUCCUUAACGAAGGAGGUCAAAGAACUCACUGAGAAGGCUUAUCAUGUACCUUCCAUUCAAAUUCUUAAAGAUGAGAUGGCUAAUUUGAAGAUUGAUCACGAACGAGAAUUGCGCGAUGCAGUAACAAAAGCGAAACACUCCACCCAGAUUGAAGAGCAGGAAAAGGCCUCCUCAAAGAUUGCCGAAUUGGAAGAGAAAACAAUGAACCUCUUGGCCACAGUAGCCAGGAGUGAGGAAGCUCGAUCAGAAGCCUAUGAUGCUUUACUGCAUUCAGAGGAAGAAAAAGCUGCUCUUGUUGAGGAAUUGGUCGAAGUGCGCAAUCGUCAAAUGAGUUUAGAAAAAGCGUUUGAUGACGAGGAUGUAGUGAGUACCUUAAAAUCUGCAAUCGCGGAAAUUCGCGAAAGAAAUCCAGGUUACGAUCUGCAUGCUCUCCUUGGGCCAGAUCCGGAGAAGAAGAAGCUUGAACAUGAGCUCCAAAUUUUAAAGGAUGAGUAUGGUCAAUGCAAAUAUCGUCUAGAUUUGCUGACUGCUAACAAUGCUCAAGAAACUGAUAAUACUGGUAAUUCGAAAGAAGUCCGUCUUGUCGCAGAGCAGUUUCAAAACAAAAUUCUGAAGUUGUUGGCUGUACAUGCUAAGGAUAGAGCUGCUUACGAAAAGUCUGCGCGUGAUCUUAAUGCGAGGAUUUCUGAACUAGAACAGCGAGAAGGCCGACUUGUAACGGAAAUGAGACGAGAAAUGAAUAAUAGGAUUUCUGAAAUGGAAACCGAAAUGCAGAAGCAGCGUACCCGUACCAUUGACGUCGUUGCAGAAAAAGAAAAAGAGCUGGAAGCUGCUAGAUCAAUUCUGGUCACACUUCGAAGCGAACAGAUGAAUGCCCCAGCAGAUCCGUCUCAAUCCGGCAAGUUAAUCGUAUCCAAGAGAAGAUCCAGCGAACAUAAACGUUAUGCAGAUAGAAGAUAUAGCACUGGCUCAAGGAAGAGUUUAGAUGCAAUUUCAGUGAGUAGUGUGGAUGCAGGCACAGACGGAAGUGGAAUCCCUAUUCCCAUGGCAAAUGAGUCUAGAAAUAUUUUCUAUGAAGAAGAAUUGUUGAAGAAGGAUAGGGAAAUCCAGGAAAUGAGGAAUGUUUCACAUCAACUCGACUAUCGCCUCCGGGAAAUUGAGCAAGCAGCGCUUGUUAAAGAACUUGAACAUCACAGGAAGACUGAAGCAAUGAACGAAGAAAUUACAAAGUUACAGAACAAACUUUCUCUCCUUUCUACCGGCGGAGAAAUGGAGUACUUACGCAACAUUUUUGUUCAAUUCAUUCAGUCGAAUAACUCUUCAGCCAAGAAGAACAUCCUGAAAGCGAUGGGGAUGGCUCUCAGAUUAAGCGCCAAUGAGAUGAAGUCGAUUGAUAUUUCGGACUACUAUAUCACUGUCGACUACAUCAACGGAACUUUUUUCCUUUUUUCUAGUGAAGAUGCGUCUCGGUUACGAAAUGAAAUACGUAUGAUUGUGGUCUCCGCAAUGAGUUCUGGAGAAGAACCGCCUUAUAUUGUUGCUCCUGAACAAGUAACUCUUCUUGUCCAGUACGGCUUUGCUCGGGUUCGGGAACCGUUGCAGUCUUCAGAUCGGGCUUUCCUUCCCUCGGUUCCUAAUUUCACAGAGUCUGUAAACCCUGCGGAGGGAGAAGAAGAACGUGCUCGGCUGAUAGUAGUUGGUCGAAAGGCAAAAGCUUUGAAAAGAAGUAAAUUAAGCAGUGAAGCAACAGCUAAGGAAUUGAGGGUGUCAAAAAACGACAUGGCUGGCAUCGAUGCCUCCCCGGAAGAAAUCAUUGAAGUGAUUAAAGAACUUCGGAAGGCGGAGAGUUGUGGGAAUGACCAGGAGUUCAUCAAAUUUCUCAAAAUAGAGUCUGACAUGAACUAUUAUCGCUGGUUCGACGACUUAGAAGUACCAGUUCCAAGCACAAGGGAUUUUCGAGCCAGAGAAUUAGUUUACCAUGACUUAUGGCGUAAAGGAUACUAUCUAACAAGUGGAGAACAAUUCGGUUCCGCUUGGUUGGUAUACGAAGGACUUCCGGGAACAGUUCAUGCAAAGUUUCUUUGCGAAUACAUUUUGGACGAUCAGAGCUUGCUACCACUGAACAUUAUUUCGUUAAUGCGUGUGGCAACUCAGGUGAAGAAAAACUUGCUGAUAGCAGUAGUUGCUUCUGACAGCAAUGUUCCUCAUUACAUUAAAUUCGAUUGGUUCAAGCCGUAUACCAAGGAGUACGAGUAG